AUGUCGACCAAAACGCGCCCCGCAAUCCCCCCGGUCGUCAUGGACAAUAUCACCCAACAAAUCGGCAACACGCCUCUCGUCCGCCUGAACAAGAUUCCCAAAUCCCUCGGCCUCAAACCCACAGUCUACGCCAAGCUCGAAAUGUUCAAUGCCGGCGGCAGCGUCAAAGACCGCAUCGCGCUCCGCAUGGUCGAAGAAGCCGAGCGCAGCGGGCGUAUCAAGCCGGGCGACACGCUCAUCGAGCCCACCUCGGGGAACACGGGGAUUGGACUUGCGCUCGUGGGCGCAGUCAAGGGGUACAAGGUUGUUAUUACGCUGCCGGAGAAGAUGAGCCCGGAGAAGGUGGCGGUGUUGAAGGCGUUGGGGGCCGAGGUGGUUAGAACGCCGACGAGUGCGGCGUGGGAUUCCCCAGAGUCACACAUUGGGGUUGCAAGGAGGCUAGUCAAGGAAUUGCCGGAUGCGCACAUCCUCGACCAAUACACGAACGCGGAUAAUCCCCUCGCCCAUGAACACGGCACGGCUGAGGAGAUUUGGGAACAGACCGAGGGAAAGGUCACGUGUAUCGUAGCCGGCGCGGGAACGGGAGGCACAGUGACGGGCAUUGCGCGCGGGAUCCACAAGCACAAGAGGGACGUGAAAAUCGUGGCGGCGGAUCCCCAGGGCAGCAUCCUUGCGCUGCCGACGCAGUUGAACGACGAGUUCAAGGAUAAACCGUAUAAGGUGGAGGGCAUUGGGUAUGAUUUCAUUCCUGAUGUGUUGGAGCAGAAGGUCGUGGAUAAGUGGUAUAAGACGGAUGAUCGGACGGCGUUCCAGUAUGCGCGUCGACUCAUCUCAGAAGAAGGAAUCCUGUGCGGUGGCAGCAGCGGCAGCGCGCUAGAUGCGGCGGUCAAGGCGAUUAAGGAGUUGCAGCUGGGAGAGGACGAUGUCGUUGUCGUUGUCUGCCCUGACUCGAUUCGCAGCUAUUUGAGCAAGGUACUUCGUCGACGACGACUGGCUCGCCGCAAACUCCCUUCUCCCCCACACCCCCCAUCACCCCCAACAAUCCGCGCUCCCGCACAAACUCCAUCACCAAGAAAGACGCCUUCGCAGGCGCUACCAUCGCCGCUCUCCGCCUCAAACCCAUCACUACAAUCCCAACCUCUUCCCCUUGCUCCGAAGCCAUCGAGACUAUGCGUGAGAAAGGAUUCGACCAGCUGCCCGUCUCUCUGUACUCCUCCGUGGGGAAACCCGAAACUCGUCGGUCUCCUGACCUUGGGCAAUGUCCUCUCAUACCUCUCUUCUGGACGCGCCACCGGUGAAACCAAAGUGGAGGAGGUGAUGUUCGAUUUUCGCAAGCUGGAGGAGGUUGUCAAGGACCUUGGACGGCUGUCGCUAGAAGGUGCUGAUAAGAGUAUUGGACGACAGUUUGUGGAAAUCACGGUUGAUACCAAGCUGUCAGACCUUAUGAAGUUCUUCGAGUGGAAUGCGGCGGCUGUGGUUACGGAGCGAGUAGGUGAGGAGUUGGUGCCGAAGGCGGUGGUGACAAAGGUUGAUCUUUUGAGUUGGAUGGUUAGGCAGGGGAAGGGGGAGUAA